GAAUCACUUCAUUUCUCUGUGUCACUGAGCUCUGCAGGACUCCAGCUGUGUGUCCGGGGUUGAGAGUCGAAUGAUGGGGUUUCCAGGAUGUGUCUUCGUGCCGGUUCAGUCAUUUUAGAUCCAAACCCACUCGGCAGGGGCCAUGUUGUCCCACCUCCGAGCCCGGAGCAGGAGUUUGUUCCACAGCUACAAACCCGGCAGCCGGACUCAAGCCGCCAAAGAGCCGCUCGACCACGUGGACUUCACCUGCACCUUCAAACCGUGGAGCUCCAUGCAGGAUCUGAGCAGAGACAUCUACGAUCUUUACGAUGAGUACGAAGAAGAGGAGGAUCGAUUCCCAGUGUCUCCCUCAAACCUGCUGAACAAACACUUCAUCCUCAACAUCAACGUCGGAGGAACGGUUUACCACCUGCCCUACAGGCUCGCUGCCCAGUAUCCGAAGACCCGGAUCGGCCGGUUGGCCACGUGCACGGACCACAGCAGGAAGUUGGACCUGUGCGACGACUACGUCGUCCAGAGCAACGAGUUCUUCUUCGAUCGAGAUCCCGAAGUCUUCCACAACAUCUUCAGCUUCUACAGAACCGGAGUUCUCUGGAUCAAAGACGAACUGUGUCCCCGCAAUUUCCUGGAGGAGAUAAACUACUGGGGCGUCCGAAUCAAGAACAGCCAACGCUGCUGUCGCAUCUCCUUCGAGGAGCGUCAGGACGAGCAGAGCGAGCAGCUGAAGAUCCAGAAGCAGCUGAUGGCAGAGGUGGAGGUGGAGAAGGAGGAGUUCUUUCACGAAAUGGCCUUCGGGUCGACCCGAAGGAGAAUCUGGAACCUGAUGGAGAAGCCGUUCUCCUCGGUCACCGCCAAGCUGAUGGGCGUCGCCUCCUCCAUGUUCGUGCUGGUGUCACUGGUCGCCAUGACGCUCAACACCGUGGAGGAGAUGCAGUACAAAACGGCCUCAGGUCAGCCCAGCGGCAGAUUCUACGGCGAGUACGUGGAGUCAUUCUGCAUCACCUUCUUCACCCUGGAGUACCUGCUGCGCCUGGUCUCCACCCCCGACCUCAAGUGCUUCGGACGCAGCGUCCUGAACAUCGUGGACCUGGUCGCCAUCCUGCCGCACUACCUGCAGAUGAUGCUGGAGUGUUUCGAGGCCGAGGACGUGCACCUGCAUGCAGGAGACAUCGAGACUGUCGGCCGUGUCGGGAAAGUCGGUCAGGUUCUGAGGAUCAUGCGUCUGAUGAGAAUCUUCAGGAUUCUGAAGUUGGCUCGUCACUCGACCGGCCUGCGAGCGUUUGGCUUCACACUGAAACAGUGCUACCAGCAGGUGGGCUGUCUGCUUCUCUUCAUGGGGAUGGGGAUCUUCAUGUUUUCAGCCGUGGUUUACACGGUGGAGCGCGACGUUCACAACACAAACUUCACCUCCAUGCCCCACGCGUGGUGGUGGGCCACAGUGAGCAUCUCCACGGUCGGCUACGGCGACAUGGUCCCCGAGACCAACCUGGGCCGGGUCUUCGCCUUCGCCUGCAUCUCCUUCGGCAUCAUCCUUAACGGCAUGCCCAUCUCGGUGCUCUACAACAAGUUCUCAGACUACUACACCAAGCUCAAGGCCCACGAGUACACGGCCGUCACCAAGGCCCGCGGGAACCUGCACCUGGCCAGGAGGGCGGCCAAGAAGUUUGCCGAGUGCUGCGAGGAGGUCGCUCAGCCAAAGACCUCCCGCCUGCACCGAGUCCGGUUGUAGAUUCUCAAAUCGACCGGAUUCAAAUCCUGGAAGAAUUGUUUUUGGUGAAAUGACUUGAUUUCAGGAAGCAGUUCCUUCAGAGACCAGUGGGGGGCGUCACAGGGGGUAAUGUUUUUCUACAGCAGUGCAACAUUCUGUCUGUGCUUCAGGUUUUUUU